UGUCCAGUGAACACGGGAGGAACCAAGAAGACACAGGAAAAGGAAUUUCCGUAUUUUCUCCAAUUAUUUCUCCAUUGUUCAGAGCUGUUUCUCUCACUCGUUCUCUUCUAUUUCGAGGUUUCUAGGGCUGGUUCCGUCUCUCCUCCUCUCUUUGUUUGGCGAACCGGAAUUUCGUCUGUUCUCCGAAAAUUUAAGCGGAGAUAUUAACUGUGAAGGCUUUCGAUCCGUCGAUCUGUUAGUUCUUCUGACCUGAUUCUGGUAGUAGGUUCUGCCGUGGAUUCCUGAGUGAUUUGUCUGUUCGUGGGUCUUGACUCUCGUCAGGGAUCAUGUUUCUUCUUGAUUGGUUCUACGGUGUUCUUUCAUCUCUCGGUCUUUGGCAGAAGGAGGCCAAGAUCUUGUUUCUAGGGCUCGAUAAUGCCGGGAAAACGACGCUUCUGCAUAUGUUGAAAGAUGAGAGACUUGUUCAGCAUCAGCCGACUCAGUAUCCAACAUCAGAGGAAUUGAGUAUUGGGAAAAUCAAGUUUAAGGCCUUUGAUUUAGGAGGACAUCAGAUCGCCCGCAGAGUCUGGAAAGACUACUAUGCCAAGGUAGAUGCAGUGGUGUACCUGGUGGAUGCAUUUGACAGAGAGAGGUUUGCUGAAUCAAAGAAAGAGCUGGAUGCCCUCCUUUCAGAUGAAUCCUUGGCGAAUGUUCCGUUCCUUAUUCUUGGGAACAAAAUUGACAUACCUUAUGCAGUCUCAGAGGAUGAACUACGGUACCACCUUGGCCUGACAAACUUCACCACAGGCAAGGGUAAGGUAAACCUCACCGACUCUAACGUCCGUCCUCUUGAGGUCUUCAUGUGCAGUAUUGUCCGGAAGAUGGGGUAUGGUGAUGGCUUCAAGUGGCUCUCUCAAUACAUCAAGUAGGAACAUGGCAAGCUGUGAUUCUAAUUACCCAGAUGGUAUUCUCUGCCACUGGUGCAAUUAAUCACUGGAUUUGAUAUGAACGUGUUAUCCCUUUGGAUUGGUUUUUGAGUUAGGUAUUUAAUCAUGGCUGCAAUGUAAAGUGAAUUAUAAUUUGCAAAUUUUAGAGUGGUUUGGUAGGUACUUGUCUCUUUUUGUUUAUUUUUUCCCCCUGUUCCCAGUUCCCCAAACUAGUAAAAUAUGAAGCUAUGUUUUUUCGUUCAUCUA